AAAUACAUAAACAUAAAAUCAAAAACCAGUUCAACAAAAAACACCAUCACACCAUGGCCACAACCUCCAUACUCUUCUCCUUCUUGUUCUUGUUCCUUAUCAGUAGUACCUUAACAGAAGGGCAACAGAUAUACCUGAACAACGACCAACUAGAUUGCGACACCAUAACCAACUCAACCUUAGGCAACACCUGCAACUCCAUCGCAACCUGCCAAUCCUACCUCACGUUCAAAUCCGCCACAAAACACAACACAGCAGCCACAAUCUCCACCCUCCUCAACUCCACACCCACCAACAUAACCACCUCCAACAACCUCUCAACCGUCUCUGAAGUCAUCCCAACCGACACCCUCAUCACCAUCCCCGUCACGUGCUCGUGCUUCAACAACACCUAUUACCAGCACAACACCACCUACACUAUCUCCGCCGACGACACCUACUUCAGCCUCGCCAACAACACCUUCGAGGCACUCACCACGUGUCAAGCUCUCAUUGCUCAGAAUCCUUCUUUCCCCGAACGAAACCUUCAAGCCGGUGAGCGUGUCCACGUGCCUCUCAGGUGCGCGUGUCCCACCAAGAAACAGCGUGAUGCUGGCUUCAAGUACUUGCUCACUUACUUGGUUUCCAUGGGUGAAUCGAUUUCUUCCAUUGCUGAGAUCUUCGGGGUUGAUGUACAGAGCGUUUUAGAUGCUAAUGAGCUUUCUGAAAGUUCGGUUAUCUACUACUUUACUCCGAUCUCUGUUCCUCUCAAAACAGAGCCGCCAAAGAAGUUGCAGAGGGUGGCUCAGCCGCCGGAGUCUCCGCCCCCACCGGUGGAGACUCCUCCGCCAAGCGGUGGCUCCGGGAAUUCAAAGAAAUGGGUGGUUGUUGGUGUUGUAAUUGGGGUUGUCGUUCUGCUGCUUGUUCUGGGUUUUGUUCUGUUUUUCAUAUGCUUCCGCCGCCGUACACGGCAGCCGGAAACAGCGGAGGAGGCGGCAAAGGCGAAGCCUUUCUAUGACUCUACCAGCACUGAAGAAGUCAAAAAGGGUUCUUUGGAUGUUGUUACUACUACAACUAGCACCUCUACUACUCAAUCAUGGUCUAUUUCUUCUGAAGGUGUACGCUAUGCUAUUGAGUCUUUAACGGUUUACAGAUUUGAGGAGUUGCAGAAAGCUACCGGAUUCUUCGGUGAGGAUAAUAGAAUCAAGGGAUCUUCUGUUUAUAGAGCUUCUUUUAAAGGUGAUGAUGCUGCUGUUAAGGUUCUCAAAGGUGAUGUUUCUGCUGAGAUCAACAUUCUCAAGAUGAUCAAUCACACCAAUGUUACAAGAUUGUCUGGUUUUUGUGUCCACAAAGGUAACACUUAUCUUGUUUAUGAGUUUGCUGAGAAUGGUGAUCUUGAUGACUGGCUUCAUAAUCAUGGUAACAAGAACAAAGAUUUGGGCUUGAGUUGGAAGCAAAGGGUUCAGGUUGCUCAUGAUGUUGCUGAUGCACUUAACUAUCUUCACAACUAUACAAACCCUUCUCAUGUUCAUAAGGAUUUGAAGAGUGGUAAUAUUUUAUUGGAUGGUAAUUUUAGGGCUAAAGUUUCAAACUUUGGGCUUGCAAGAGCCGUUGAGGAUCAAGGUGAUGAUGGGAAUGGAGGGUUCCAAUUGACAAGGCAUGUUGUUGGGACACAAGGUUAUAUGCCAGCUGAGUACAUUGAGAAUGGAGUGAUCACACCAAAGAUGGAUGUUUUUGCAUUUGGUGUUGUGAUUUUGGAGCUUCUUUCAGGAAGAGAAGCUGUUGGAUUUGGUGAGGAUCACCAAGUGGUGUUGUCAUCAACUAUAGGGCAAGUUCUUGAAGGAGAUAGUGUUAGGGAGAAUCUUAGAGAAUUCAUGGAUCCUUCUUUGGAGGGUGUUUAUCCUUUGGAUUUGGCAUAUUCUAUGGCUGAAUUGGCCAAAAAGUGUGUUGCCCGUGACAUCAAUUCAAGACCAAACAUCUCUGAGGUUUUUAUGACUUUGUCUAAGAUUCAAUCAUCUACAUUGAAUUGGGAUCCCUCUGAUGAGCUUGAACGGUUUAAAUCAGUUAGCCAAAUGUCUGAUACUGAUAGCUGAUAGUUUUUUUUUUUCUUAAAACUUCUUAGAACCUAAAAAUUGUAAUCUACUGGCACUGAUCCUGAGAAUGGAGAAUGCAUGCUAUUUUUUUUUUCCACACAAAUUAGUGAUUUAAUUUAAUAAAUAAAUGGUAUUGUU